AAGGAAAUAUUUUAUAUUUAUUGCUACUGCUUGUCUUUAUUUCGCUUCUCCUAAUAAGUGUUGGUUCUAGAGAACCUGUACAAGGUUUCAUGCCCGCGCUUUGCGAGGUUCACGCUCUCGCGCUUUACUCCGCAGGAGUGGCUGUAGAGAUCGCCCCCCCAGCGGAGUGUGUGCAAGGCCCUCCGCAGGCUCCGCAAGGGCCGCUCCGCAGGGGGGCGCAGCGCCUUCCCCUUCGGUCCGCAGGUUGCUAAAACAUAAGCAUAGCAGCAACGCUCCUCUGGGGGGAAAGGGUCCGAGCAUCCCGCGCGCCAGCUUCGCUCCGCAGGCGACUGCUUUAGCAUACUCCCUUAAAGGGGAGGGAGUCUUGUGGUAAUGUUGAAGCAGGAUGCGGCCUGCGGAGAGUAGAGUGGGGAGAUUACGAAGUUCUCGAGACGUCGGCGAGCUUUCUAAUUUACGUCACUCUAAAAACUAGUCUUCAACAGACUGCGUAACUAACGCUAAUCUUACUUGACACUUACAAAUUAAAGAAUAUACAGGCUAAAUGAACACAAUUAAAU